AUGGUCGAAAUCAUCAAGAACCUCAUCCCCGCCGAGUAUGGCUACGUACUCGGCGCUGUCGUCGGCACCUUCUUCGUCGGCGUCUGGCACGGCGCCCGUGUUGGUGGCUUCCGCAAGGCCGCCAAGGUGCCCUACCCCUUCGAGUACGCCUCGUACGAGCAGGUCCAGACCGCUGCGCCCGCGUCCAAGAAGGCCAUGCUCGCGUUCAACUCGGCCCAGCGCGCGCACCAGAACUUCAACGAGAACCACCCCACCAUCAUCGGCACAAUCUUGAUCUCGGGCCUGAGGUGGCCCGUCGCGACCGCGGUCCUCGGAGCUGUCUGGAGCGCCAUGAGGGUCGUGUAUGCGAUCGGGUACACAUCUUCGAGCGAGGAUGGUGGCAAGGGCAGGUACUACGGUAUCCUCUGGCUUCUUGCGCAUCACUCGCUGCUCCUCAUGUCUGGUUACACCGCAUAUAAGAUUGCGGCUGCCUAG